AUGUCCUCUGGAAGCCAGAAUCCCACAGUGAAAGCCCAGGAUGUACUCUGGAUCCUGCUCGGAUUGCUGCUGUGGCCGGAGCCAGGAACAGCAUCCCUGCCCCUGCUCAUGGACUCCGUCAUCCAGGCCCUGACUGAGCUAGAGCAGAAGGCACCAGUGACCAAGGCCAGCUGCACCCCUUCUGCAUGGAUGCUGUCAGCCCAGGACUCUGGCCCCCGUGAUCCCCUCCACCACUUCCUACUGGAGUUGCAGAGUCUCAAGGCUGCCGAGAUGGAUCACCAUGCACUGAGCCCAGAGUUGCAAAGCCUGGCCAAGGAGGUGGCCCGACAUGGUGUUCGGGGCAGGCAGGAAUACGGGGUGGUGCUCGCACCUGAUGGCUCAACUGUGGCCGUGGAGCCUCUCCUGGCAGGUCUGGAGGCAGGGCUGCAGGGGCGCAGGGUUGUAAAUUUGCCCCUGCACAACACGGCUACCCUUCUGGAUACCGGAGCCAACUUUCCAGAUGUUGCAGCCACAGCACCAGAUGUAAGAGCCACCUCUCCAGGACUUAGAGAUGCCUCUCCAGAUGUCACCUCUGCAGAUGUUGGAGCCAAUUCUUCAGAUGCUGGAACUAGCUCUCCAGAUGUCCAAGCCUCCUUGCUAGAUGCCAAGUCCCCAACUACUGUGGACAGCCUCCUGGCGGUCACACUGGCUGGAAACCUGGGCUUGACCUUCCUCCAGGGCCCCCAGAGCCGGAGCCAUCCAGGUCUGGGAAUGGAGGGCUGCUGGGACCAGCUUUCAGCCCCCCAGAACUUCACACUCUUGGACCCCAAGGCGUCGCUGCUCACCAUGGCCUUCCUCAAUGGUGCACUGGAUGGGGCCCUCCUUGGAGACUACCUGAGCCGGACCCCUGAGCCUCGGCCUCCCCUCAGCCGCCUGCUAAGCCAGUACUACGGAGCUGGCGUGGCCGGAGACCCAGGGCUCCGCAGCAACUUCCGACGGCAGAAUGGGGCUGCUCUGACUUCAGCCUCUACCCUGGCCCAGCAGGUGUGGGGGGCCCUUCUCCUGCUACAGAGGCUGGAGCCAGCACACCUCCAGCUGCAGGGCAUGAGCCAAGAACAGCUGGCCCAGGUGGCCACCUAUGCUACCAAGGAGCUCACUGAGGCCUUCCUGGGAUGCCCGGCCAUCCACCCGCGCUGCCGCUGGGGAGCGGCGCCAUACCGGGGCCGCCCGACGCCGCUGCAGCUGCCUCUCGGGUUCUUGUAUGUGCAUCACACGUACUUGCCCGCAUCACCCUGCACGAGCUUCGCGCACUGCGCAGCCAACAUGCGCUCUAUGCAGCGCUUCCACCAGGACACGCGCGGCUGGGACGACAUCGGCUACAGUUUCGUGGUGGGCUCGGACGGUUACGUGUACGAGGGCCGCGGCUGGCACCGGGUGGGCGCGCACACGCGCGGACACAACUCCCAAGGCUUCGGCGUGGCCUUCGUGGGCAACUACACGGCAUCGCUUCCCACCGAGGCCGCGCUGCGCACGGUGCGCGACCUGCUCCCGAGUUGCGCGCUGCGCGCCGGCCUCCUGCGGCCCGACUACUCGCUGCUCGGCCACCGCCAGCUCGUGCGCACCGACUGCCCCGGCGACGCGCUCUUCGGCCUGCUGCGAACCUGGCCGCACUUCGCCGCGACUGUGUAG